AUGUCUCCCCACAACCCGAUACAUCCCGGGGGCUCAGUAGAGACUCUACCGUGUGAAGGCUCACAAGAUGAAUGCGUUAUACAGGACACUAUUCCUCCCAACCUCUUUCAACGCGAAUCGUUCGAUUGGGCAGACGAUGUGGAGCAGGUGAUCGCUUCCAAAAGCUCGAUCCCAACCUCUCCUAGUACUCUUCAGCCUGAGCUCUCCCAUUGGGCCACUGAUGUCAAAGACGAAACUGCAUCCAGGUGCACCAUUCCCAUUUCCGUCAACCUCUUAAGGAAGGAAUCCUCCAGCUGUGCCGACGAUGUGGAGGAAGACAUCAUGUCCACGACCAAUGCCUUUCCCACCCUCCUUCCACCAGACCCUUUUGACUGGGCGUGUCGCUUAUUUGGUUCUAACACCGACUCUCUCUUCCCUCUCACUUCAAAGGUGAUGCCGUCCAAGGGGCUGCCUCUGACUAACCUUACAAUUAUUGAGGCACCUGACCUCGAAGAGUCAGAUUCCUCUUAUCCUCCAUCGACUACAUCCUUGAAUUUUUUCACCGAAGCCACCAGCCAAGAUUGGGAAUUUGUGGAGGUUGACGAGGAGGUUGAAGCCAUGUUACGAUACCGUGCGUUGAGCACACAGAACGAGGGAGAUGUCCAUCACUUCAACUGGAUGUGUGAGCCCAUCGGAAGGCGGAGUACGACAUCCCCCGAGGUUUCCCUUGUCUGUAUUCAAGCUGGACCAAAGGUUCCCACGGGCAGGGAUGUGUUCCGGGUUCAAUCGAUCAUGAACAGAGCCCUUCCGUUUAUUGAUCCCGUGGCAGUCAGACUCAAAGGUCAACACCAGGAUAUUUUGAGCAUGCGCGGGUCCAGCCUCCUACGAGCCUCCGAGGGCCGUGUUUUCAAACUCUAUUCACUUCAUGGGGCAUGGAUGAAUGAUGAGGAUGUGAUGAAGGACCAAAUUAUGAUAGACACUGGCAAUAACCAGCAAUACACAUCCCCCGGUCUUGCCAUCGGAAAUGGGUUUCUGGUCAACAGCCCAAUCAAGUCAGUGUCUGAUUGGUCCAAGUCUGUUGAAGCUGCCGUCGCGGGACGAGUCUUUAAGCUUCCUCGAAAGCAAUCUUGGAAGCCGACGUCCUCCCGACUUCGAAGCAUCGAAGCCGUUACACCAGUCUCACUCCCAGAACUGCCACCACCUCAGUUGGAGGGUGAGUGUAAGCCGACCUUCUCCUCACUUCGAACCCUCGAAACUGCUUCACUAGGCUCGGCCCUAGAGGCAACACCAGCUCGAUUGGGGGCCAAAGCAAAGCCCCGACGUCACUGCCGUCUCAGAACUGCACGCCCUGGAGCCAUCUCACAUGAAUACUUCUCAUUCCCCACGCCAGAGUUUGAUGAGCCACAGAUGGGGUGGAGACUGAGAGACGCUAUCAGAAGCUUGUGGGUAGCAAUGGGAUUCAUUUUUAGAUGGCCAUGGAAAUGA